CGUUGAUAAUUGACGAAAAAUAGGUUCGAAUUAUUAAGCUAUAAUACAAUUACUAAUUAGGUAUACUUUAUAUGUGAUCAGUGAACCACUUUGGUUUUUCGUAGUUUUUCAGGUUUCCAAUUAUAGAAAAUGGAUAACGAAUUCCUUGAUAUAUCUACGAGUCUUCGCUUGCAAAUCGGUUACGGCAUCGGGCACGUGUUAAACGAUGUGUGCGCUAGUUUGUGGUUCACAUACUUUUUAGUAUUUUUUCAUUUAGUACUAGAAUUUAGUCCGUCACAGGCGGGAAAGUUAAUGUUGAUAGGACAAGUAGUAGAUGCGGUGUCUACUCCAUUCGUUGGAUACUGUUCUGACCGCACAGACAACACUGUUAGCAUUAGAUAUGGCAGAAGGAAACUCUGGCAUUUAUUUGGGACAGCAUGUGUAUUGGGAUCAUUUCCAUUUAUAUUUUCUGAGUGUAUUGGGUGCACCAUGGCCCACAAGUGGGCACAGAUGUUUUAUUUUGCCGCAUUUAUUAUGAUAUUUCAAAUCGGAUGGGCAGCAGUUCAGAUUUCACAUCUGAGUUUGAUUCCGGAAUUAGCUGAUAGUGAACAUACCAGAACACAUCUAACUGCUGUCAGGUAUGGAUUCACAGUAUUUUCAAACUUGUUUGUGUACAUUGUGACAUGGGUUGUGUUGCAUAUGACUGGAAAAUGUGAUACACAACAAGUAGGCCCAGGGGACGCUUGGAAGUUCCGGCACAUAGUGUACAUUGUGAUGAGUGUAGGAGUAUUGGCAUCUCUUCUUUUCCACUUCAGUGUGAGGGAAAAGACAAUCUACAGGCAACAGGAACAACUGCUUGAACAUGGCAGCCGGGAGCACCCACACACACACAUCGAGUUUUUGAAAAAGCCUGUGAUGUAUCAGGUAGCUGGCAUAUACAUGAGCACCAGACUAGUAGUAAACGUGGCUCAAGUACUAGUGCCAUUAUAUCUCCACCUGACACUAGGCCUAGCGGCCAGGUCGCUAGCCGUGGUCCCUUUAGCUAUGUAUCUCGGUAGCUUAGCGGCCGCGGGAGUACAGAGGAUAGCUCCGAGAUCCAUUACAAGAAAGAUGUACUAUGUUUUUGGCACGGCGUGUGCUAUGACUGGAUUUUGGUGGAUAUAUUUUGAGCUUGAUGACAAUUUUAAGACAUACUUUAUUUAUGUUGUCGCUGUUUUGAUAGGGUUCGGUGGCGCCAUCAUGCUGGUGACCAGCCUGGCGCUGACGGCGGACCUGGUGGGCGCGCAGACGGAGGCCUCAGCCUUCGUGUACGGCCUCAUGAGCUUCACCGACAAGCUGGCCUGCGGCCUCGCCAUCGUCGUCAUACAAAACUUUGCUGAAGGAGCGGACUCAUCCUACUACCGCUACGCAAUGGCGUGGGUGUGCGGCGGGGCUGCGCUCACCGGCUUGACGCUAACACUACUGCUGCCUCGGCUCACGCCCGACUUGGAGUCUGUACCGAAUGACGAAAAUAUUGAAAAUGUGUCAGAAGAUUCAACCACAGCACCAUUAGAAUAAAGGUGUGAUCCGUGUGAUCAAGUGUACCUAAUAACAGUAUUUAGCACAAUUUUCUCUAGCAAAUUUUAUAGUUAUAUUAGUUAUAGCACAUUAAUCUCAUCAUGUGAUAUAAGUAAUAUUAUUUUAUAAUGUCCUACUUUCUUUAAAACAGUAGGUACCUAAUUAUAAUAAAAUUAUGAAUUACCCAAUAUUUAAAUAUUAUGAAAUUGACGUCUAAAUAUGUGAUAUUUUCUUAUUAUAUUGACUUCAGGAUAGGCUAAGUAAAUAAAAACUUCCGAGUGGUACAAAAAAGUUUUAAAUGAAUUUAAAGGCAAGUCACUUUUUAGGGUGCUUUACCCAAAACCUGUCUGUCUGUCAGCGAGCUCUAUCUAAUUAUAUUAUUUUUUUGUAAUCAUCUCAAAAGUUUUUAGCGAUAUUUUUGAACAUA